AUGCCUUACCUAUCAGAGGAACUACUACACGAAUUCCUGCAGUUGGUCCGAGCCCUGCAAAUCCGUCACCGUCAGGAGGAAACCUCCCAAUACCCAAGAUUCUUCCAUUAUAAGAUAGAGAAGACGGCAGAGGUGGCAAUCGAGGUGAUCGACAAGGUGGCAGAGGCGACGGAGAAGGUUGGCGACGAGGUGGCGGAAGAGUUCCCCGGCAAUAAGAAUAUCAAGAAAGCAGCCUCCAAGAUUAAGAAGGUCAUGGACGUGAUCGAGGAAGAUGCCGAUAAAGCUGAGGCCCUGAUCGAGAAGGUUAGUUUCAUUACGCAAUCUAUUGCUAGUUGGCAGUUGCUACUACAUCAGAUUCAGAGCACGUUAGCCGUUUGA